UGGAGGCUGUACUCGACACAAACACUUUCAAGAAAUGUAUGGGAAGUGCCCAGUUGUACAAAGAAGCGAUUGAACAAACUGCAAGUUUCAACACACGUCUGUCUAUAGAGCGCAAGCUGCGGUUGCCGUUCCUGGAUUCGCAGACUGGCAUUGCCCAGAUCCACAGCACUCUGUACCAGCCGUAUACACACAGGCAGCCAGGAGAUGGCCAUAUGUGUGGCCAGAUCUACUCGUAUCCAGCAAAGCGCUGGAAGAAGAAGAAGCGGUCCUUUUUUACCUCUGAUCUCAAAUUGGCUCAGGCCGCAGCCGUAGAAACAGAAGCAGAUCAAAUCCCGGAAUUUACGGUUUCUCUACGUCGGAGGCGUCCACCUGAUAUGCAUCAGAUAAGUGCAGUGGAGAAUCCCGCUCAUCGUCCUGGAGAUGAUGACGACGAUGCGCAAGGGGAGUCUCAGGACACGUGGUACGAUAGUUUCGGGAUGUUCGAUGACCAGCCAGACGCGGGGGAGAUGGCGGACGACCAGUCGGACAUCAGUGACUUCGAAGACACCAUUAAGAAGAAGAAGAGGAAGCCUGGUCCUGGUCGAGGCAGGAAGAAGAAACAGGAUGUUGACAAAGACAGUAUUAUUGACGAAAAGGAGAAACCAUACGUGUGCGAAUCUUGCGGUGCUAGAUACAAGUCACGGCCUGGCCUGCAGUAUCACUACACACACUUCCACAACGGCAUGAUGGACGAAGAUACCGGAUCGCUCUCCCCCAAACCACAGACACGCUCGAAUGGAGCAGGGAAGAGUACCGAAGGAAAGCCCGAAUUGAAUAAUUACUGUGACUUCUGUUUGGGCGAUGCCACGGACAACAAGAAAACGCAGCAGCCCGAGGAACUCGUGUCCUGUAGUGACUGCGGGCGAUCAGGGCAUCCGACAUGUCUCCAGUUCACACAGAACAUGAUCGUGUCUGUCAAGAAGUAUCCAUGGCAGUGCAUAGAGUGCAAGUCUUGUGGACUUUGUGGGACCUCAGAAAAUGAUGAUCAGUUGUUGUUCUGCGAUGACUGCGACCGAGGUUACCACAUGUACUGUCUGACUCCUCAACUUCAGGAGGCACCCGAAGGGAACUGGAGCUGUCACCUGUGUAUUGAAGAGUUCCAUGGAGGGAAGAAACCUGCAGGUAUGCAGUGAAGACAAUCAUCUGCUGAAUAUUCAUAAUUACACCUGAUUAUUGGAAGUUCCAUAGAGGGAAGAAACCUGCAGGUAUGCAGUGAUGACGAUCUGUUGAAUAUUCAUGACUGCAUCUGGGUAUUGAAGAGUGCCAUGGAGGGAAGAAACCUGUUGCAAUGCAGUGAAGAGAGGCUCUGAGGAAUAUCAUUAUUAACUACCUGAAAUGUCAGUGUCAAAAACUGGUGAAAUGUACACAAACAGCUGACACGUCAUUUGCAUAUUACAUUUACAGCAUCAUACAUUGUUUCAUGUUGUACAUUCGGUGUCACAGUAAGACUCAUGGUCACUGUGUGACAGUAAGAAUACAAUAUCUGUGACCUGUACUGUGUGUUUAGAAUUAGCAGUUGGAACCAAAUAACAAUGAAUGGAUAAAGUGAAACCCCACGUAACAGUCGCCCCGUUUCCAAGACAGCCAAAAAAGUAUUUUACACUGCCUACUAUCUAGGGUAACACUUUAAGUACUGAAUGUAAUUUUUAGCAGAAUUUUAUGCAAACAGUAAAUCAAUUUUAGCCCUGAGCAUUCAAAUGCCAUCAGUGUUCUGAUACUAGUUUGCCUCUUAUAAUCUACAGAAUUUAAUUUUACAGCAUAAAUAUGUUUUAUUCAGGUCAUUUUAUUCAAAAUGUUUUUAUAAAAUGUGUUACAGGCGAAAAUGGCCUUAGUUUUGUUAAUAAAGGACCUCUUCAGCUAAAGUAAAACUUUGUUUUGUUAAUAACGGACCUCUUCAGCUAAAGUAAAACUUUGUUUUGUUAAUAACGGACCUCUUCAGCUAAAGUAAAACUUUGUUUUGUUAAUAACGGACCUCUUCAGCUAAAGUA